UCUCUCUCUCUCUCUCUCUCUCUCUGUUCGUUUUUCCGUGAAAUGAUCUGGUGGAAGCACGCGAGCAAGAAAAGCGAGACCAGGAAGCGGCAGACACAGGGCUGAGGGUUAGAAAGGCCAAUGGCGACUGACCGAGAGAGAACCAAAAACAAAACUUUGAGAAGUACCGUUAACUGUUUACUUUUGCCUCCUCGUGACAAAUGAGUCAACCGUCCUAACAUUAGCGCCCCACGAGACAAUAUCCCAGCGGACAAAUGUGGUCAUAAUGCGAAUACAAGACGGAGCUUCAUUGAGGUGUGUCGCAGUUAAAGUAGUAUAUUGCUGUAGGCUUCCUAACAACUACUCUUCUCUGAUAAUGCACUUUUACUUUGUAUGCAGGGCUGUAGUCAGGACUUUGCCGAGUCACUGUUUCCAAACAUCCCCAGCCACGUAAAAACAUUUUGAUAAGGCCCCAAAUAACAAAACGACAACAUCCCCCUCUGCACCUGAUUUACUUCUUUUUUCAUUCUACUGAUUAGCUUGGUUUUCUGAAUUUGUAUUAUCUACCAACAGGCUGGUUUAAAGGCUGUUUCAAAGAAUGAAUUACUGGUCUAAAUAUCUUUAAUAUGAAUUGAAUUCUGUAAAGAUAUUUAAUUUGCUACCAAACACAACUAAGAACACCAGGGAAACAAAGAUGUUAGGCUCUUAAAAAUUGCAGGAAAACAAUUAUAAAAAGUUGUUGCUUCUGUCAAAAAUAUUUUCAGCUCUAAUUGAAUGAAUAAAUGACUGAUUAUUGAUAUUUUUAAUUUUUUUUUGCCUGUAAUGGUUAAUGCAAGAAACGGAUCCUUUUCAAACCCACCAUACUGUAAGUCACCUCACUUCUGUGUAAUCAUAGAACGUACACUCCCCUUAAGGUGAUGACUCCAGUGUCCUCAAUGGUGGAUGACCACCAUGGAACUAAGAUCUGCGAUCCCUACACAUGGCUGGAAGACCCGGAUAGUGCAGAAACAAUGGCCUUUGUUGAGGAGCAGAACAACCUGACCAUGCCGUACCUGGAGCGGUGUGCUGUCCGGGCUCAGUUCCACCAGCGCCUCACCGAGCUCUACGACUAUCCCAAAUACAGCUGCCCUUACAAAAGAGGGAAGAGGUACUUCUACUUCCACAACAAAGGUCUCCAGAACCAGGAUGUGCUGUAUGUGCAGGACUCUCUGGAUGGAGCUGCCACUGUAUUCUUUGACCCCAAUAAACUCUCUGAAGAUGGCACUGUGGCACUGAAGAUGGGCCGUCUGUCAGAGGAGUGUGAAUAUUUUGCGUAUGGUUUGAGCAGCAGUGGUUCAGACUGGGUGACGGUGAGUUUCAUGAAGGCGGACGAUCUCACUCUGCUGCCCGAUGUACUGGAGAGGGUUAAAUUCAGCUGCUUGGCCUGGACUCACGAUGCCAAGGGCAUCUUUUACAACUGCUACUUACGCCAGGAAGGCAAAACUGACGGCACAGAGACCACCUGCAACAUCAAUCAGAAGCUCUUCUACCACGUCAUCGGCACCAAGCAGUCGGAGGACAUUCUGGUUGCAGAGUUCCCCGAAUAUCCCAAGUGGCACAGCUCAGUAACCAUAUCGGAUGACGGCCGAUACGCUGUUCUGUCCAUCACUGAAGGCUGUGAACCUGUCAACCAGCUGUGGUACUGUGACCUUCAGCAACUCCCCGAUGGCAUCGCAGGUCUGCUGCCAUGGGUCAAAGUUGUAGACAACUUUGAAGCCCAAUACUCGUACGUCACCAAUGAGGGAUCCGUGUUCACGUUCCGCUCCAACUUGGAUGCUCCUCGGUACUGUCUCCUGAACAUAGACGUCCAGAAACCAGACGGGCAGCACUGGACUACCCUCAUUCCACAGCAUGACAAGGAUGUCCUGGGCUUUGUCUCCUGUGUGAACCAGCACCACCUGGUGGUCAACUAUCUGCAUGACGUGAAGGACAUCCUGCAGCUGUGUGAGCUGUCCACCGGCCUGGUGGUCAGGGACCUGCCGCUGGACGUCGGCUCAGUGGCCGGAGUGAGCUGCAAGAAGAACCACUCUGACUUCUUCUACAAGUUCACCUCCUUCACUACACCUGGUAUCAUUUACCAUUGUGAUUUGAGCAAGUCCAACCCAGAGCCCAGCGUGUUCAGGGAGGUGGAGGUGAAGGGCAUCAAGCAAGAGGACUACGAGACCAGCCAGGUAUUUUAUCCCAGUAAAGAUGGAACCGAGAUCCCCAUGUUCUUAGUUCACGCCAAGGGCCUAAAGAAGGAUGCCACUCGUCCCGUCUUUCUUUAUGGCUACGGGGGCUUUGAGGUUUCCAUCCAACCGUACUACAAUGUUGCUUACCUGCUGUAUGUGAGACACCUGGGAGGCAUCCUGGCAGUGGCCAACAUCAGAGGGGGAGGAGAGUACGGCCUCACCUGGUACAAAGCUGGUACAUUGGGGAACAAGCAGAAUUGCUUCGAUGACUUCCAGUGUGCAGCAGAGUAUCUGGUCCAGGAGAAGUACACCACAGCCAGCCGCAUCGCUAUCAACGGAGCCUCUAAUGGAGGACUGCUCGUGGCGGCAUGCGUGAACCAGCGUCCAGAACUGUUCGGCUGUGCUGUGGCAGAGGUGGGGGUGAUGGAUAUGCUGAAGUUCCACGAAUUCACCAUCGGCCACGCCUGGACCACCGACUACGGCUGUUCAGACGACCCGGAGCAGUUCAAGUGGCUCAUCAAGUAUUCCCCUCUCCAUAAUCUGCCACAGUCGCCUUACUCUGGCCCUCCCUACCCUGCCAUCCUGCUCUUAACAGCAGAUCACGAUGACCGCGUGGUGCCUCUCCACACCCUGAAGUACUGUGCGGCCUUGCAGUGCGGAGUGGGCAGCAGCCCUGUGCAGCGUCAGCCUCUGAUGGUCAGGGUAGACACCCGGAGUGGGCACGGUGCCGGGAAGCCCACCACCAAGGCCAUCUUGGAGGAGGCGCACAUCUUUUCCUUCAUCGCUGAGACACUUGGGCUGAGCUGGAUCGAUUGAAGAGAUGAUGACGAUGACUCACAAUGAGGUGGUUUAAUCUCCAGUAAAUCUGAAAAGAAUUAGACAAGACCACUCUCCACGAGACCCGACUGGCUUUGAACAGAUCUUCUUCUGAAUGCAGUAUAUCUUGUUGAGUAAAAUAUCACCAUUAAAAGAACCUGUGACCUGCUCAAUAAACUGUUCCUCCACAAAA